AUGGGUAAAAAAGUAAAUCCUUUAAUAUUUAGAAGUUUUAUUUAUAAAAAUUAUAUAAAUAAUUUUUAUUUUAAUAUAUAUAAAAGUAAUUAUUAUUUAAUUAAUAUAUUAUUAAUAUAUUUUUUAUAUAAUAUAUAUAUUUUUAAGUAUAAUAUUUAUAUUAAUGUUAAUAUAAAUUUUUAUGUAAAUAAAUUUAUAAUUUUAUAUUUAAUAGAUAAUAAUAUAGUGAAUAAUAUAUAUAAUUUAAAGUAUAUUUUUAUUUUAUUGAAUUAUUUUAAUUAUUAUUAUUAUAAAUAUAAUAAUUAUAUAUGUUAUUUAAAAAUUAAAUAUAUUAAUUAUGUUAAUAUUUAUAUAAUAAUGUUUUAUAUUAAAAAAUAUUAUAUUCAAUAUAAAUCUUUUAAAUUAAUAUUAAAUUAUUUAUAUAAUAAUUUAUUAAAAAAAUAUAAUUGUAUUAUAAAAGGGUUAAAAAUAAAAUUUUCAGGAUGUUUUAAAAAUAGUUUAAAAACUAAAACUGAAGUAUAUAUGUAUGGUAUUAUGAAUUUAAAUACAUUAGAUAAUAAUAUAAAAUAUAUUAAUGAUAUAAUAAAUACUAAAUAUGGUAUUUUAAGUAUAAAAAUAUGGAUAAAUUAUUAA